AUGGUCAGUGGCACACCGAGGCCCGCAGCGUUUUCUCCUACGACGUUUCCCUGGGUGUCCCGCUUGGGCGAGUUCUUGCGGACGCAUGUGCCGGGAGCAGUGGAGACGAGAACUACCUUGACCCGGCAACAAGCCGCUGAUGUUCCUCCGGGAGAACCAGAUCCUCCUUUGUUUGGCCCUGGUGCGAGAAGGGUUAUGGAAGGACGGUUACAAAGGGCGCCGCUUUUACAUGGAACGCAGGCUGUUGAAAGGCCCUCCACGGAUCCGGGCUCAUCCAACUCCAUACCGCGUGAGGUGGUUCAGGAGGAAGUACGGAGACAGGUGACGGAGGCUUUGGGGAUGCACCAGCGCUACAUGGAUGAGUUAAGGGAGGAAAAUCGUCGUCUUCGUGGGGAAAUGGACGAGAUGGCCAAGGGUUUCCAGACGGUCCCCGUGUUGGUUUCGUUGACAAUGGUCGUGGAGUACCAGAAGGGCAUCAUUCCGGUGUUCGUGAGGGUCCAGAAGAACCUCGGGGGCAUCGGGCUAGCAUUCAGCCUUUGGGUCAUGGAGUACCAGAGUGGCAUCAUUCCCGUGUUCGUGAGAGUCCAGAAGAACCUCGGGGGCAUCGGGCUUAUCAGCAGCCUUUGGGUCAUGGAGUACCAGAAGGGCAUCAAGCUGGUGUUCGUGAGAGUCCAGAAGAACCUCGGGGGCAUCGGGCUUAUCAGCAGCCUUUGGGUCAUGGAGUACCAGAAGGGCAUCAAGCUGGUGUUCUUGAGAGUCCGGAAGAACCUCGGGGGCAUCGAGCUUAUUUUCAGCAGUUUGGUUCUGAGGUACCAGGAGGGCAUCAAGCUGGCGGAGCAGAAUGCGAGCGCAAGGGCUACUGUGGAACCGAGCUCGGCGACACCUACACCGAUGGACGUGCUGAUAACGGGAAUGAGCCAGUUGCAGCAGGUGUUGCUGAAACAGCGAAGCGAGGUGAUCGAUUUGGAGCCGAAGGCGGUGAGUGAGCUGGUGAAGCUUCCGGAGUACACCGCGGAGACCGGGGCCAUCGACUUCCAGGACUAUCUGUACUUGGCCGAGCAGCAGAUUGGCUGCGUUGCGGAGUACCAGACAUUGUCACCGGUGAGACGGUUGAGCGUGACUGCAACACUCACCCCGGAGCUCAAGGAGGACAAGUACAAGAAACUGGAGCGGAAGGUUGCGGCGUUGGUCCUAGCCUCUCUUUCCAAAGGGGUACGUGAUGAUCUGGUGGCCUACAGAGUUCAGGGUGUGCACCAGAUUCUUUGCAGGUUGAUGCUGAUCUUCCAGCCUGGAGGAGCUCAGGACCGAGCUCAGUUGCUGAAGCAGUUGGACGUGACAGAGUCCCCAGCAAGCCCUGCGGAGGCCACGGCAGCCAUUCGCAGGUGGUACCGUCUGCUGCAGCGGGCCGCGGACUUGGGGGUCAAGCUCCCAGAUGAGUCUUUGCAGGUGAAGUCGUUGUCAGUGAUAGUUCGACGAACAGCUGAGCAGAAUGCCGACUUCAAGUUCCGUUUGGCUUUGGCGAGGACGGAGCUGCAGAUCGACACCCGUCCCACCCAGGAGAAUGUUAUGAGGUACCUGCAACACUUGCUUGCAGAGUUGGAGCAGCUUGGAGCAGUGGCACGGAAGCAGGGUGCGUCUUCGACCGGAGGCACUACAACGACUUCCCCUUCUACGGCUACCACUCCGGCACCGGGCGGAACAGCUUUGAAAGGGCUACAGCCUACACCGGAGUCCAAGGCGAAGCCGAAGGCCUCUCCGAACAGAAAGGUGUGCUCCUGGUUCAGCUCAGACAACGGAGUGCACAGCCGGCGGUUCGAGUCCUACUACGUCUUUCCAGCUCCGGGUCCCAAGGUCCAAGCUAUGCAGGCUACGGCGGCUCCCUCGGGUUCAGGAGGUACCAGUACAACAGCGGAAGCACCCGCGGAUCCGGCGCCCGCAACAACUUCCUCUACUACCACCACGGCAGGCGGAGGGCCCAAUAAGAUCGACACGGUGAAGGUCACCGAAAUAUUGAACGAGACCAACAAAAUGUUGAAGUCGAUAGCGGCUGCGAACUCCUCGGCAACAAGUGCACCGGCUGCUCCGGUGGACCCUUUGGAGAUGAUUUUGAAGCAGCUUGAUGAAGUGCGGAGGCUGAAGGUGAUGAGAGUGCGUGAGCCCUGUGAGGCUACUUCCUCCUUUGCGAGUGCGGUGUCCUGGUACGAGACGAGACUGAGCUCUACCACGUUGGCCAGGCUGGAUGGACCAGAAGAGGAGGAGGCGCUGCUGGAUAGUGCUACCCAUGCCCAUGUCUUCCGGCCUCCAAGCUCUGCGGUGGAGCUCGAAGAUGCACGACGUGUGAGGGUGGCUUUGGUAAUGGGGGAGGAGCGGUCGAUUCCUCAAAACCGCGGAGGGACUUUGCUGAGCGAGUACGGCGGUGAGGGGACGAUACUUCCCAUGGGGCAGUUGGUGCGACUUCUUGGAUGCCGGGUGACUUGGACGCCAAACAAGCUGACAGUGGUGCACCCGGCUCUUGACCUCAUUGCGGAGUUGGAACAGAAGCGGAUGGCCUCGUUUGAGCAGACUGUCCAGGACCUUCAGAAGCAGAUCAAGACCAUACGGGACAAUGGCCUUUUGCACAAGAACCCGGUGUUUUCUACAGUGAGUGCAGAAGUACUUCUUGGAGUCCCUGAAGGAGUUCCGCGUGGUGACCGUGAUGGUUGGAACCUGCUGAAGGGAACUCCGUGGUCCCGAGCGAAGCGCAAGGCCCUUUAUCAUAGUGAUGGUUGGGUCGUCCACUUGUUCUCUGGAGAUGAGAGAGGUGAAGAAGCCAAGCGGCGUGAUGCAGUGAAGAAGUCCUUUUGGAGUGAGGCUCUAUCUGGCGAUGAAGUCAUGGUGGAUGUGGACUUCACGGCCUCGCGAUCUAUGGACCUGUUACAGCGAGAUGGCAUCUUUAAGGUGCUAGCAUGGGGGGCCCUCAACGGCAAGGUGAAGGCCAUCAUUGGUGGACCCCCGAGACAUACUUUCCCCACGGUUGUUCAAGGUGAGCCUAUCGGUGGCCAGCACCUCAAGGAGACCCAGCUCAUUGUGAAGAUGAUGUUGUUGUUCUACAUGGCCCAGGAAGGCAGAACAGCUUUGUGGCGUGCCGGCGGUCUGAGAACUAUGGUAAAGCCGCAUGUGGGUUUCCUGUUGGAGCAUCCUGCGGGACCGGGAGGAGGGAGGCUUUCCUUCUUCGACACCCCUCUGUGGAAGGCCUUUGCAAUGGACUCUUUGAUGGGAGAAGUUCCUUGUUCAGUGAACGAGAAGGAGGUGAUCCUGGGGGGCAAUAUGAACCUUUGGCAUCUACGCGAAGCACGCUUAGGUCCUGAAGGCUCUCGGGACCAAGGGUCGAUAUGGCCGUUGGAGUUGGUUGCGCACGUGGCUUGCUUAGGUCCUGAAGGCUCUCGGGACCAAGGGUCGAUAUGGCCGUUGGAGUUGGUUGCGCACGUGGCUUUUGCGGUUAGAGCAUGGGUGGGCCUUCGCAAUCACGAGGGUUUCCUUUCCUCUUUGGUCAACCGGUCUUGGUUAAGAGACCCUGAGCCCUUGCAGUUGAACAAGUUCAAUGUUCGUGAUUGGCAGCUGCACGUCCAACAUGAUCACCUACCUUAUCGCAAGGAUUGCCGGAUUUGCAUUGAAAGGGCGAGUGGCAAACCUCACCGAAAGGUUUCCCAUCCCUCCGCCUAUUGCCUCUCCAUUGAUACAGCGGGACCUUUCAGGAAUGUUGGAGCAGGGGGCUACAAGUACCUGCUUGUUGGUUGCUAUCGACACCCCAAGUUGUUGGGAACAACGCCUGAGGAGGAGCCUGCGAAGGGGCCGUCUGCAGCUGAGGUCGUUCCUCGUCCUGAUGAUGGAGAAGAUUGGUUAGGAGAAGACCUUGAAGCAGCAGAAGAGGAGGUUCCUUUAGUUGCCGAAGAACCUGAAGGUGGAGUUGGUUAUGUGGAGCCAGGACCUCCUGAUGAUGAUCCUGGAAGUGAUGGUGAGAUUGAGGCCUUGAAGGAGCUCGCUAAGCCCCUGGAGUUCGUUUCGGUGUAUGUGGCCAAACCUAUGAGGUCUCGCAAGAAGGCAGAGACUUUGAAGGCCAUCCAAGAGCUCUACAUACAGCUGCGUAGUGCUGGUUUUCCGCUGGGGAGAAUACACAUGGACCGUGCGCGUGAAUAUCAAUCCAGUGCUUUUGAACACUGGGCGGCAGCGAGGGACAUUGAAUUGUCUCGCACCCAGGGAGAUGAUCCGUCCCAGAACGGGACAGCUGAGAGGGCAGUGGGUUACGUGAAGAUGCGCAUGAGAGUGUUGCUUGCUCAAGCUAAAGAACUCAGCGGUGCCGAUGACGAGGUGAUCAAGGGAUGGUGGGCUAUGGCGGCGGAGACGGCUGUUUCCCAACACCAGGCGUUGGCUAUGGGUCGGAAGUUUCCGUCAGCAGCUCGAUUCGGUUCGCGGGUGCUUACGAGGAGGAAAGGCUAUGGUGCUGGCGGCACGGACCUCAAACCAAAGUGGAUUGGAGGGGUCUAUCUUGGCCCAGCUCGCUCUGUGCCCGGCGGACACAUGGUGUACACCGAUGAGGGCAACCUGUGGUUCACUACGAAUUUACGUCAGUUUGAAGAGCGUGACCCAGGAGCGGAUGGCGCUUCGGAACCGGUGACCGCGUUGUUGCAUCAACUGGGCAACACAACAGCUCUCUUGGGUCAGGUGAUAGGGCAGCGCAGUGCCAGUGAUUCUUCGGUGUCGGGACUUACAGGCAAAGACAUGUCUCGCAUCAUGCCCCGUCCAGAGCCUUUCCGUGCUGCAACGAGGGAACAAGAGCAUUCUGCUUGGCCUUCAUGGCUUUGGUCUCUUGAGCAGUAUUUGAAUGUCUUAGACCCCAAGUUCGGAGAAGAGAUCGAUCAGCUGAAAUCAAACUUGCACCGGCAGGUGAACAUUUCUCCCGCAGCCACAGACAUCGUCUCGCGCUCGCGGCAGCUCUUCGCUUUGCUCUCGGUGUUGGUAAAGGGACGUGGGUUUCUUGUGAUCAAGUCGGUCUCUGGGAACUGUGGGUAUGAAGCCCUUCGGCAGCUCAUUUCCUUGUAUGCACCGCAGAGCAAGUCACGCAGCCUUGGCAUCUUGACGGCCCUGACACAGGUCAGUGCUUUUAAAUCUGGCGAGGCAAUGUUUCCACAGAUUCUUGAGCUUGAACGGGUUUUUACAGAGUACGAGAGCGCUUCGCAACAGCUUCUUCAGGAGGAGCUCAAGACGGGCUCCUUUUGCGUUGUUUGCUCGCUGCUUCGAGAAAUCAGGAAGUACAAGGCCGAUUUGAAGGCAGGCAAGGUGCAGGCUGUGUCCGAGGAGUCGGGAUCCACCGUCUCGACUGUGACUCCGUCUCAGAGUGCCUCUCAGGUUGGUGCAAAGGGUCGGGUUGCCAGGCUUGCGGAGAUAGACCUUACAGCCUUUGAUGAGUGUGAUGAGGAGUUUCUUGAUGGAGACACCCGCGUUUGCAUGAUUCAGUGCAGCAUGGAACGAGUUGAGCACUUUUCGAUCAGUGACCCCUCUGAGGUUCGUUGCAACGCUUGGGAUACGAUCUGUGAGUACGAGCUUUUUUUGAGCCUCCCGAGUGAUGUGCUCUUGAAGCUGUGUGAAGCCAAGCAGCUGGAGUGCCAUGCGGAUCAUUCCAAAUCCCUUGCAGAUUCCUUCAAGUGCCAUGCAGAUCAUUCCAGAUCCCGUGCAGAUUCCUUCAAGUGCUCUGCAGAUCAGUCCAGAUCCCUGGCAGAUUCCGUCAAGUGCCCCGUGCAUCAGGUCAGUUGUGAUGCCGAUCAGGUAACGCCUCUCAAGCCGUCUAUGUAUGUGCAUGGCAGUGUCCGUGCUCUUGCUAGUGUCAACGGUGAAGACAUCAUCGUGGACUCAGGAGCGGAUAUCAGUGCACUCCCUGAGACGUACUCCCAGGUUGGUAAUCCUGCUCCAUCGUCGGCUCAGAGGUUCGUCGAUGCUUCAGGCCGUUUGCUGCAGUCCAAAGGCAUACGCAUUGCAGAGGUUCGUGUUGGGUCCAUCAGGUUCCGUGAAAAGUUCUUGAUCGGAGGAGUUACUUGCCCUCUCCUUUCUUUGGGCAAAUUGUACAAGGCAGGAUUUUACGUAAUCCCCUCCACUUCAGGUGACAGUGACUUCAUCCUCACCAACGGUGAUCUGUCCGAACCGGUCAGGUUGAAGAGGCAAUCUCUAUGCGCAACGGGCAGCGUGCGUGUCCUCAACGCUCUACCUUCAGCAGUGCGGGCGGUGAGUGCAGCAUUGCAUGGUCCUUUGCUCCGUCUUGACUCUUCAGGGUGGCAAAGGAUAGGUUCCAGACGCUAUGCGCUCCUAAGUUUUGGGCAGGCUUAUGUCGACAGCACGCUGAUUCCCUUGACUGAGUUGCUUUGGUAUCGCACCACACUUGUGCGCAGAGAUGGCCGGUGGACUGUUGCUGAGUUGGCGGCCGAUGUGAGCUCUUUGACGGAUCGUACGUUGCCGCUUGGGCCCCCGGCUGUCGAACAGGUUAUCACCAUUGCGUAUGACGAUGCCUCCCUAAGUCCUGAGAGCCUAGGGCUUAGUCCCUCUGAUUCCGAUGACGUGCCAAGUUCCCUUCAAGGUGCAGGUUCUGUUGAGGCUCCAGAGGUUCCGAUGCCAGAUGCCGCCGAUCAAGGUGCAGGUGUAGGCGAGCUUGAAGGUGAUAGCGAUCUCCCUCCGAGUGCUGAUCAAGCGGCUCCAGUCGCUCCUGCGGCUGAUGGAGGUGGAGAGGCGGCUCCGUCUGAACGCGAAGUCAUUGACAGCGUCACUGUGAACGGUGUUGUGAUUGACCGCAACUCUUCGCUUCGGGUCAUGCGUGCUGCCCUUGUCAGCCUUGGCUUGGGUCUAAGAGCCAGUGUUGGGAGCGUUUGGUGCGCCAUCUGCGUGAGUCCGAUCUUUUGCGUGAACAUCAGGUCCAUCACAACUUGA